AUGACCCAGCAGAGUCAAUCAUCAAACCAAGUUUGCAUCGAAAACCCUCAGCCAUUGGCGCCCCCGAAUCGACGUCCCCGAGCCAGCCAGCGACGCCGAGCCGCUCAAUUCCUCAAAGACAACCCCCCACAGAACCCUCCCGUCUACGACAUGGCCAUCCUCCGUCACUCGAUAGCGCCGCUCCGCGCGGUGCGAUGCGCCCGCCAGCCCGCUGCUGCCGCCACCUUGCGCAGCUUCUCCGUCACCGCCCGCCAGCGCGGCGGCGCCGGCCACGGCAACGAGUCUCAGUUCGAGCCCCCCAGCGGCUGGCUCUGGGGCAUCAAGCCCGGCGAGAAGCCCGAGCCCGAGGGCUGGGAGUGGCCCAUGUACAUCUUUUGCGGCAGCCUGGUCGUGGCCGGCGUGGCCCUGGCCUUUAAGCCCGACACAAGGUGA